AUGCAAAGAUUGGGAAUAAUAAUAUAUAAACCGACUAUUGGAGGACACAGUAAACAUAGUGAAAGUAAUAGAAAUGGGAAAAAACUAAUAGAAUUUGCAACAGAAAAGGACUUAAGAAUAGCUACUACUUAUUUUCAACAUGCAGAAAUAUAUAAAGGAACAUGGAUCUCCCCUGAUAGAAAAACCUGCAACCAAAUAGACCAUAUAGCCAUUGAAAGUAAACACCUAAAAUAUAUACUGGAUGCAAGAAGUUAUCGAGGAGCAGAUAUAGAUACAGACCACAUACUAGUACGUGCCAAAUUAAAAUACAGGAAGCCACCAAAAGAAAGAAAAAGAUUAGUGGGAGGAAUACAAGAUAGUUUAAACAGAUGGGCUGAGUACUUUAACGAAGUCUUUGAAAUAGAAGAAAAUGAUGUACCUGAAAUGUAUGUUGAAAAUAAUUUAGGAAUAAACAAUCAAGAUGAACCAAUAUCAAUAGAUGAGAUAAAAGAAAUAAUAAGGAUGGUUAAAAAUAAUAAGGCACCAGGAGAAAUGAUAUAA